AUGAACCGCGUAUCCGUUACCCGUACCAUCGAAAAGAAGACCCGCCGUCGUUCUCGAGGUGGCAGGGCGAAGAAAGCGAAAAAGGCAAGGGAAGCGAAGGAAGCGAAGGAAGCGAAGGAAGUCUCCCGUGGCACUCAGUCAGACUUGGACACUGUGCAUGGUACCUCUGCCUCGGGCACUGGUCUGACCUUCAUUGGUGAGGUUCUUACCGAGAGGGAAGCUGAAUUCCUAAUGCUCUGCCUUCUGCAGUUCAGAGCGUCUGUUAGCUCACAGCUUCUACCCAGGCGAGCUACAUAA